UCAUCCCCUGGUAUGUGAUAUCUAGAGUUUGCUUGGUGGAUGAUACUCUCAUGUGAUUCGUCAUAUUUAUUAUGAGGCAAAUUGUAUAAUGGAUUAGAUGGCCCCAUUUGUUGCUCACCACUCCCAUGGGAUUUGGAGUGAUGUUUUUCUUUUGCUUUUAUCUUUCAAAGAUAUCUUUAUUUCUAAUCUUUUAGAUUGUAUUCAUAAAGAAUUAUUCAUCUUACCCAAAAAAAAAAAUAAAUAAAUUAUACAAAUCGACCAACACUGCCAAUGCUCUGCAAUAUGAUGCAAUCUCAUUGAUAUUUGCCUUUGGCGAUGCCUUUGCGGUUUCAAUUUGAGGAAACAUCUCUUUCAUCUUCUUUUCUUUCUUUUCUUUUUAACAUUUUUUUUUUUUCCCAAACCUUCCGAACCUUUCCCUCAGAAUUUAUUCAUGGGUCUAAAAUCUGGUCUUCUCACUCUCUCUUCUCCUCCUUGCUCCACUCCUCUCCGCUGGUAAGUUAACGAUGGCCGAUUUCGCCGAUGGGUCCCCGGUCGGCCCCCUCAUCCCCCAGCUCCCGGACGACCUCUCGGUCCGGUGCAUCGCCCGGGUGCCCCGAUCCUCUCACUCGGCCCUGGCCCUUGUGUCGCGAUCCUGGCGCUCCCUCCUCCGCUCCCCGCUCUUCGUUGCCCUCCGAUCCGACCUUGGCAUCGCCCAACCCUUCCUCUGCCUCAACGUCCGCACACCGACGGCCCAGUCCUGCUGGUACCUCCUCGACCCCGCAGACCGCCAGAACCCCAUCCUCCUACCCGCCCCGCGGCUCCCAGCCGUCGGCUCCGCCUGUGCUGCUCUCGGCCCCACCAUCUUCGUCCUUGGUGGCUCCCUCCACGGCGUCCCCUCCACUGCCGUCCAGCUCUUCGACGCCCGCCUCCGCCGCUGGUCCCUCGGCCCCCGCAUGUCCGCCGCCCGGGAGUUCGCCGCCGCGGGCGCCCUCGGAGGCCGGAUCUACGUCAUCGGCGGUUGCCUCCCGCCGGCCGAUGCCUGGGCCGAGGCCCUCGACCCCGCCUCCGCCGCUUGGUCCAUUGUUCCCAGCCCGCCCCACCUCCGAGAGAAGUGGAUGCAUGGCAGCGCCGUCCUUUCCGGGAGGGUCCUUGCGGUGGCAGACCGAGGCGGGGUGGUGUACGAUCCGGCGGCGGAACUGCCGUGGGGCUCUGUGCCGGCGGCGCUCGACCUCGGGUGGAGGGGGAGGGCGGCGGUCGUGGGAGGGAUUCUGUACUCAUACGAUUACCUAGGGAAGAUAAGAGGCUACGAUCUGGGGGCCGAUGAAUGGAAGCAGGUGGAGGGGGUGGAGAGGGAGUUGCCCAAAUUCUUGUGCGGCGCCACUCUGGCGAACUUGGGGGGAUUGCUCUGCCUUGUAUGGGAAGGGAAGAGGAGAUGGAGGAGUGGUAGCAAGGAAAUGGAGAUUGAGUGGGCGGGAAUCAAGGUCUCGAAGACUGACGGUGGAGGGCUGCGAGGUUCAAUUGUGUGGUCGGAAUCUGUCAGUCUGGCAGUCCCAAAGGGGUCCUCUGUUGCUCACUGCGUGGCAGUGGAGUUAUGACCCUCAAAAAAUUGAAUUCUGGGUCAUGUGUAAUUCUGUUACAGGAGGCAGCCAGCAGAGGUUAAUAUCCAGGAUACACCCUUAUGGUUCUGCUAGCGAGACCAUGAAGUGAUAGGGGAUGAAUUGGAUGAUGCAAAAAGAUUGAAAUUGAUAGAUCAAACCAUGGAAUUUCGUUAUCAUGUGAACAAACCUGGUGGAGGUAAAAUUCUCAAGUAUUUCCAGUGCUUGCUUUUUUUUUUUGUGUAAAAUUAAAAAAAUUAUGAAAGUGUACUGUGAAUAUUAGACCCAUCAAUUAUCGACAUAAGCUGUGAAUAAAUGGUUUCUUCAUGGGUGCAGUUUGUCUCUA